AUAUAAAGAAGUGUGACUCGACCCAAAGAGAAGAGUGAAAAAAAUAUGAGCACCACAAUAGAUAUUUCUAACGAAAAUGAAGCUUCUCGCAAUCACGAGAAGCAAAACAAACUCUUAUUUGUUUCUAAUGUUUGGUAUUCUAUAGCCAAAUAUCUUGAACAGCAUGAAAAAAAAGUUAUUCAUAGUAUCAAGGUUGGAACUGCUUUGAUUUUGGUUUCACUUCUGUAUCUCCUUGAUCCACUUUUCAAUCACGUCGGUGAAAGUUCCAUGUGGGCUAUCAUGACCGUUGUGCUUAUCUACGACUUCUUUGCAGGUGCUACAUUAAGCAAAGGGUUACUUCGUGUAAUUGGAACCAUACUCGGAGGUGCACUGGGGUGUUUAGUAGCAUUUUUAGCAGAAGAUUUUGGAAAGAUCGGUUACACAACAGUUUCUGGAAUGUCGGUUUUUGUUUUAGGUGCUAUGGCAACAUAUUGUCGAAUGAUUCCAAGCAUAAAGAGGAGAUGGGAUUACGGGAUCAUGAUAUUCAUACUCACUUUCAAUCUAGUAGCAGUAUCUGGUGUGCGUGCGGAUAAAAUACUGGAUGUAGCCCGCCUACGUCUAAUUGCAAUUGGUAUGGGUGUUGCUGUCUGCAUAAUCACCAACUUAUUCAUUUUUCCCAUGUGGGCUAGUGAUGAACUUCAUAACUUGACAUCCUCAAAAUUCAACAAACUAGCUUGCUGCAUUGAAGAAUGCAUGGAAGCAUAUUUCAAUGUCGAUGAAAAUAAACGCCACCUGAGCAUCAACAUCAGUGGUUGCAAAUCAGUAUUGCAAUCAAAGUCAAAUGACGAGUCGCUGGCAAAUUUCGCAUGGUGGGAACCGUGGCAUGGAAAAUUUGGAUUUUCUUAUCCCUGGGAGAAGUAUCUAAAGAUAGGAGAGCAACUCAGAGAGCUUGCUUCUAUCAUUUUGCCACUACAUGCAUGCAUUACGUCACCGUUACAGGCGUCAACAACGCUACAACAGCCUAUUAAAGAAACAUGCAAAAACGUAGGGCUGUCACUUGGCCUUACCAUGCGAGAACUAGGAGAAAGUAUACUGAAAAUGAGAAGGGGUCAAGAAAAAGUCAUAAAAAUUCCGGAAUUACAUUCGUUCAAACUAGAAUUGACCAUACUGUCGACUUCAGAGUUACAAGCAACUGAAAAUGUCGAAGCUCUUGCUAUGGCGAGUAUCUUGUUUUUACUGAUGGAGAUGGUGGAUAAAGUAAAAGUGCUAGCCAAAGAAGUGGAAGAGCUUGGAGAGAUUGCUGGUUUUGAAUCUAAAUAGCGUACACGCGAGUUAUAAGUAUACUAAUAUGGGGUAUGCUAAUAUGGAUGGGUAAUUGAACACUGAAGAUGGUAACGCAGAACAAACUAAGAAAACAAAAUGACCUACAAAUUAACAUGUACAACAACGUAAGCAAUGCCUUAAAAUCUUAAAUAUACAUAUCAGUAAAAUUCAUGAUGAAGAUUCAAUACUUUGUGGUAGUACAAGAACACGUUUAGAUGCAUAUUAUCAUGUAUGUAUAUAGUUCUUUAUCAAUAGGCAUACUUCAACAUUGAAUGUGAGAGUUGCAUCUGCAACAAUCAUGACACUUAUUUA